AUGUCGAGUCCGAGCAGGACAGACAAGUUUCCACCGCCAUUGAUGAGGUUUCUGAGAAGCAAUGUUGGAAGCAAAAGCAGAGGCAAGUCUCGCUCGAGCCCAAUGUUCAUGCGCAGGAAGAACUACACCACCACCACAUCAAUGAUAGAAACGACCCAAGAACCAUCUUCCCCCAAAGUCACUUGCAUCGGCCAAGUUCGAGUCCGCCGCUCCUCCAAAAAAUCCUCCUCCGGCUGUGGGGGCGGAAGGAGGCGUCGCACCACUGGAGCUCCGGCCAGAAACCCCUGUUCUUGUUGGCGGGUCAGAAAGACUCCGUUCUCACACCAUUUCGCAAAAAGAUUUAGACCCAAAUCGUUGUGUCCUGUUUGGAGCAAGUGUUUAUGGUUUUUCCGAUUUGGGUUUUGUAGGAAAGUUGAAAUUAGAGACGAUUCGUCGAAAAUGGAAACGAACGGGAAAGAAAAGUACAAAGAAAAUGAGACAGAAGAUGAGGAAGAUGAAGCUCAAGAAGAAGAACUAUCAAGAGAGGCUUUCAAUUCUUCUUUACCACCCAAGAAUGCUUUGCUUUUAACUAGAUGUAGAUCUGCUCCAAACAGAUCUUCAUCACUGGUCAGCAGAUUUCUGGGUUCGCCAUUGGGGACCUCAGAAACAGAGGUCGACAAUGGAGAAAACAGAGAACUGGAGAGACCCACAUCGGAGUGCAAACUCAAUUGCAGAGAUUCAACUUCAGAAUCGAAGAUGGAUCAACAAAACGAAACAAAUUUGGGAGAUUCCAGAGAAUUUGAAGGUUCAAUUUCUGGAAAAAACAGAGAAAUUAGUGAUCAAGAAUCAGAAACAGGGGGAGAAGGAGACAAUGCUCGCCCUCUGAUACUCACUAGGUGUAAAUCUGAGCCAGCAAGAACAGGAGAGAGGCUCAAUCCAGAGGCAAGUCUCUGGAGGCAGACAAGGUUGGGUUUAAUCAAUUAG